GGUGCUGGGGAAGGCAGGGGGUGACCUCACGGGGAGGCCCCCAAGUUCUUCCCAGGGCAAUCAGGGCCAGGCCAUCCCAGGGGGGCAGGAUCAAGGGGGAGGACCCCCAAGGACACCUGAGGACACCUGGACAUCCUGGUGGGACUGGGACCAAGCUUGGGGGCACCUGGGGACACCGGGGCAAGCUGGGGGGAGCAGGAUUGAGCUUGGGCAUCCCCGGGGACCCUCCCCACACCCAGGUGUGUGGGGGGAGCUCUUCCGCCCCCCAAAUCCCCCCGAGCCCCGGCAAUCGGCUCGGCCUGGCUCAGGGGGCCGAUUAGGCGCUGAGCCCGGCUUAGCCCCCCCUAAUCCCCAAGUUUGGCCGAGCUGAGCCCUGAUCCCCCCUAAGCGGCUUUAGGGGCGCAGGGUAUAUCAGGGGGGCGGCCGCUGCGCCCCCCCCACCGCCGCCAUGGACGAGGAAGAGUUCUACCUGUUCAAGAACCAGUCAGGGGUGGGGCCCUGGGAUGGGCCCCAGUACCACCUGGCGCCCAAGUGGGCCUUCUACCUGCAGACCAUCUUCAUGGGGGUGGUGUUCCUGGUGGGCACCCCCCUGAACGCCAUCGUCCUCAUCGUCACCAUCAAGUACAAGAAGCUGCGGCAGCCGCUCAACUACAUCCUGGUGAACAUCUCCGUCAGCGGCUUCAUGUGCUGCAUCUUCAGCGUCUUCACCGUCUUUGUCUCCAGCUCCCAGGGAUACUUCAUCUUCGGGAAGCACAUGUGUGCCUUCGAGGGCUUUUCGGGGGCCACCGGAGGGCUGGUGACAGGGUGGUCCUUGGCCUUCCUGGCCUUCGAGCGCUACAUCGUCAUCUGCAAACCCUUCGGCAACUUCCGCUUCAACUCCCGCCACGCGCUGCUGGUCGUGGCGGCCACCUGGGCCAUCGGCAUCGGCGUCGCCAUCCCCCCCUUCUUCGGCUGGAGCAGGUACCUGCCCGAGGGGCUGCAGUGCUCCUGCGGCCCUGACUGGUACACGGUGGGCACCAAGUACAAGAGCGAGUACUACACCUGGUUCCUCUUCAUCUUCUGCUUCAUCGUCCCCCUCUCCCUCAUCAUCUUCUCCUACUCCCAGCUGCUCAGCGCCCUGCGGACCGUGGCAGCACAGCAGCAGGAGUCGGCCACGACGCAGAAGGCGGAGCGGGAGGUGUCGCGCAUGGUCGUGGUCAUGGUGGGGUCCUUCUGCCUGUGCUACGUCCCCUACGCGGCGCUGGCCAUGUACAUGGUGAACAACCGCGACCACGGCCUCGACCUGCGCCUCGUCACCGUCCCUGCCUUCUUCUCCAAGAGCGCCUGCAUCUACAACCCCAUCAUCUACUGCUUCAUGAACAAACAGUUCCGCGCCUGCAUCCUGGAGACAGUGUGUGGGCGGCCCAUGAGCGACGACUCCGAGGUGUCCAGCUCGGCCCAGCGCACCGAGGUCUCCUCCGUGUCCUCGAGCCAGGUCAGCCCCAGCUGAGGGGCUGCGGCACCGCCCUGGACCCCACGACCCCCGGCUGCCCCCCCGGACCCCCGGCUGCACCCCCGGACCCCUGGCUGCCCCAGCUGUGGGGCUGGCACUGCCCCGGGGGUCCAGGGUCCCCGGCCAGCCUAGGAUGUAGCGCGGGUGGGACAAUAAACCACGGCCGCGGUCUGAGCGCAACGGGGACCCUCUGCAGGAUGGGGGACACCCUGUGGGAACCCCUGGGGGACCCUUGGGAUGGGGGACACGCUGGGGGAACCCCUGUGAGACCCUCGGGAUGGGGGACGCGCUAUGGGAACCCCUGUGGGACCCUUGGGAUGGGGGACACGCUGUGGGAACCCCUGUGGGACCCUUGGGAUGGGGGACACACUGUGGGAACCCCUGGGGGACCCUCGGGAUGGGGGACACACUGCAGGAACCCCUGUGGGACCCUCGGGAUCGGGGACACACUGCACACCCCACAGCAGGGCAGGAUGGGGGCCCGGGGGUGAC